AUGGCGGUGGGCGCUUUCCUUUCGAGCAGCUCAGCGUUGCCCACGACAACAGAUUCAAGUCCGAACAAGCUUCAGAAGAACGAGGCGGUUGGAGCCGUCGCCCCUCACGCGAAUCGCAAUGACCAACGUUUUCUGCGGAGCUACGAGGAGAAAGUCGACGCGGAUAGCGAAGACAGGGAUUUGGCAGGCUUCAUCAAGGCUGUGAAGGCGAUGUCGAGUCGUUCCACAUGGGAUGAGUAUGUGUACGCGAAGAAACUCGCACAAAUCAAAAAGUACUACGGCAAGAAAAUGUCGUACGAAAAACUCUACAAGGAGAAAGGAGUCGACUUUAGCGACGCCUUCCACGCACUGAAAAUCCCCGACGAACCAAAGGGUUCAGAGAUCAGGAAAUGGUAUGAUGGUUACUACGAAUUCUGGGUCGCCAUGAAGGAGAAGAAUAUAAAGGGCGGAUAA